CAGCUGUUGAAGACUUAUUAUUAUUAUUUUUUAAAUUAUAUUGUUCCAAAAUUUACACCUAUAUUGGUGUCUUAUUAUAAAUUAAUUGGUCAGCUGUUCGACAAGAAGGAAGAAGAGUCAUAUUCGUCCCCGCAGGCGACACGUAAAGACACGACGGACGUCUACGCAGAACGCGGGGGUGCUUCUCGUGUCUUCGGAGGAAGGGACGACGCCCGUUCCGAAUCCAAUCAGCAACCGCGUUGGAUACCUCCCUCGAUAAUCAGACGCGAUGCACUCGCCCAAGAGGACGCUAACGAUGCAGUGUUUCGCAAAGUUCGCGGAAUACUUAAUAAGCUUACGCCUGACAAAUUCCAAAAACUGAGUGAUGACAUACUGCAAAUUGGCUUAAAUACUAGUGUUGUAUUGAAAGGUGUCAUAUUUCUGAUAUUUGAAAAGGCUCUAGAUGAACCUAAGUAUAGUUCUAUGUACGCACAGCUGUGCAAAAGGCUCAGUGAUGAGGCAUCAAAUUUCUUAAUUGAUCAAGAUCCAAACACUUUUCGUGAACUGCUAUUGAAAAGGUGUAAAGUAGAGUUUGACAACCGCUCUAAGGCGACUGCAGAGUUUGAAAAUGAUAAUGGGACACCACUUUCUCCGGAAGAUGAAGAACGUCGACAGGUGGCGAAGCGCAAAAUGUUGGGAAACAUACGCUUCAUCGGCGAACUUGGUAAAUUGGAGAUUGUGGCUGAACAAAUAUUGCACUUGUGCAUUCAACAGUUAUUCCCGCGCAAGUCCAAUGUCAAGGACGCGGCGGAGGACCUCGAGUGCUUGUGUCAGAUAAUGAAGACAUGUGGGCGCAUAUUGGACACUGAGAAAGCAAAACCACUGAUGAAUCAGUAUUUUGAUCGAAUUGCUCAGUAUGCUGAACAUCCCGAAUUGCCAUUGAGAAUUAAAUUCAUGUUGCUGGAUACUAUCCAACUACGUAAAGACAACUGGAUACCCCGAAAAGCUACGACUACAGAAGGUCCUAUGCUUAUGGAUCAGGUAACUGAUAUUGUUAGUGGAGAAUCUAAUGGGCAAAACCAAAGGAAUAUUCAAAUGCAAAACGUUAACCAGUCAAAAGAGAUGUUCAGAAGGUCAUUGAAGAUACGAGAUGAUAUGAUAAGUUCUACUCCGGUAUUGCCUUUUAACUCGACAAUGCCGGAUAAAUUCAACUCAAUAAAUGGUUUUACCAAUUCAUCAAAUAACUAUUAUAAUGUGAAUGGACGAAAAAAUCCAGGACUUUUAAAUCUAAACUCUGGUAACAACUAUUAUUCACCAGCUAGAGUGAAUUACACAAUUAACACACAACAAACAAAUAAUACUAAUAAUAAUAUGAACAACAACAACAUGAAAGAUCUGGGUCCAAAUAUUAAAAAACUUCUACGUGCGCAACAAGGUACUAAACCAGAAGAUGUUUCAUUACGUCCAGCUGCCAACAGCAUGCUAUGUAAACCGAUUCAAAUUAAACCUCCUCCGAUAUCAAUGACUCAUAUGGGUCAAACAAAUCCAAUUAAGCCUAUUACAGAAGUUCAGCAGCUACAGUUUAAACAAUCUGGCCAUGAAAAACAUAAGCAUCUAAAGAAAGAUAAAGGCGUUUCUAAAGAAGAGGCUAUAAAAAAAAGCUUAGAUAUUUUAGACAAACUUGGUACUGAUCCUUCUAUGGAUGCUGUUAAAGCAGCUAAAGCAUAUGCUGAUAUAAAAAUACCUGAGCGGUAUUUGGCAGAUGUUAUGUAUGUCCUUCUUUUUGAUCGACUUCGUAAACGAGUCGAUCUUGAUGAAGAAUUGCUUUUCCGUUUUAUACAAGAAACCAAGAAACAAAAUGCUGUUUCUAAUGUUAUCGCUAUAGAUUGUCUCAAAAAAUUUAUAAUGAAAGGCCCGGAAUAUGAAUCUGAUGAUGACAAAACAUUAUAUAAGCGUUUUGCCAAAUAUGCAGCAGAAAUCUGUCAAAGUUCAACUACAUCUCUUAGUGAACUGGCAGAGGCUGUAGAAAAUGGAAAAAGAUACCCGGCGUUCUUGAUGUUAUUACAAGAAUUAAGUGGAAGUAUUGGGAAACCUGAACUCUUAUUGGUAUUUAAAGAGAGCAAAGUAAAUUUGAUAAAUAUAUUACCAGAACCAUUGAGAACGAAAGAACAGUUGGCUGAAAUAUUACAAGAGCGGAACUUAACUUUCUUGUUUCCAUUAUUACGUAUACAAUCAGAUUUAUGGAAGCAAAUUACUAGUGACCCAAAUCCCACUCAGUUUUACAAAUGGAUUAAAGAGAACUUGGAUCCAAUUCACUACACUGAUCCUGGCUUUAUUACUGCGUUGACUACUGUUCUGGUGAAAUUUAUAACACAAGAGACCAAUAGUGCAGAAACGUCUGCUCCCAAGACUGAUCUUGAAAAAGAAAAGAGUCUUUUAGAAAAAUUCAAACCGAUUAUGAGAACAUUUUUUGAUGAACGUAUUGAUUUACAAAUGAAUGCCAUUUAUGCUUUACAGACCUAUUUUUUUUCACUUGAUUUCCCUAAAGGUUUAUUGUUAAGAUGGUUCAAUUUAAUGUAUGAACUGGAAAUAGUAGAAGAAGAAGCAUUUUUAAAGUGGCGUGAAGAUGUUACGGAUGUAUAUCCAGGUAAAGGAAAAGCUUUAUUCCAAGUGAACACGUGGCUCACUUGGUUGGCUGAAGCAGAGUCUGAAGACGAAGAAGAUGAUGACGAUUGAAUAUUUAGUUGAAUUAAUGAAGUGCUAUCAUUUUUUUCUGGUUUUUGGUACUCUUGUAGCUUUAAUUAUUUUUUUUUUAAUAUAAUAUUUUACUUCCUCCUGUGAAUGCCUUAUUUAUAAGGCAUUUAUGUAACUCCUUGUACUACCACCAACUCUUGUUAACAGUAAAAUUAUAAAUAAUAUGACACUAAAAAUUACCAUGAAAAAUUGACGACAUUAUAAAUUGUAAACAAAAACUAAUUUUCCUAAAUUUUGUGUUAUACUCUAGAUUAUACCUCUUUUUGGUUAAUUUUUUAUCAACAUUUUUUCGUUUAUCAGUUCCCUAAUAUCUAUAUGAUUUAUGUUACAACAUUUAAAGUUUCUAUCAAUAAAUGUGUGCUAGAAGUAUACUGUACCAUUGCUGA